AACACGAGUUAUUUUAUAGUCAGUAUACAAUAUUUCUAUUCUUACUUAGUAGUGCUGAUUUAUUAUAAUUUAAAUCAGACCAAAGUAGGUUAUUUAUUUUAUGUUUGACUUCGUAUAUUGAGAUCUUGACUACAUUACAGGUAGGCUAUAAUCUUGUGGAAUAAAAAUAAUUAUCAAUCAAAAUCAAGGUUAAAGUUACUUUUACAUAAGAAUUUCAACAAGGUCUUAAACUUUAUCCUAAUGACUUAAAAUUGUUUCAUUACUAUUCCUUAAAUAUCAUCCUGAAUGAUAACUUCAAAUAUACAGGACCAAAACAGUCCAUGAAGUCGUCUUCUGUGUUUGCAUUAUGUUACAUUAGUUUUCUUGAUAAAGAAUAAAGAGGAUUUUUUUCUAUAAAUUUUUACUAAAUAAACUGUCACACAAACACAUACUUAACAUUUUUUCCAGUGCUUGCUACAUUUAUAUUCACUCAAGGUAAAUUUCGUAACAUCACAUGCUACUUAGACUAAUCAAUAUUAUUUAACGCAAUCAAGCUUCUAAAUUGGGGACUGUGUAUGAUUUUCAACUUUGUAGGUAUUUAAAAACUACUUGUAUUCUACACUGAUUUAUUUUAACGGUUGUGUAAGGAUGACUUAAGUUUCUUUUUAGUCUAACGUAAUUGGUUUCAUACAAAAUCUAACAACUGAUCGGUUUGCUAAACCAGACUUUUUCUACUAUUAUGUCUUAGACAUACUUUAUUGAUUGUGUUGCAAAUUUACAACAACUUUUUUCGUCAUAAAAUCAGUGUACUGUAACUACUUAAAAUUAGUUGAUAGUGUUGUAUCUAGAUAAAUUAAGCUCGCAAAAUAGUUUCGCAGUCGAGUUACCCAAUCAAGCCGAUAAUUGAAUGCUUAAUAAAAAUGUUAAGUAUAAAUUGCUUAAAUAUAAAAUAGCUUAUUUUCAAUGGUGAACAUCAUCUCUCUCUUGUCUUUAUUUAAAGACCUGAAAUUUUUAUUACUCAGAAAAUGCUUAGACUCAUAAUUAUUCAUGUAUACUAUGAAAAUAACGUUGUAACUUGAGAAAAAUUACUUAUAUAACAUGUAUAUCAACACACCAUUAACCGAAUAUUAUUUUUUCGGAAAUGUUCAACCUGACUGAUUUCCUUAACUUUUUCUAAAUUACGUUAAUACUACAUUCUUCUGUAAAUCAAUAAACCAACGUUAUUACAGACUUUAAAAGAUUUUGUCAGAAGAUAGGAAAACUUUUCUUCUUCCCCCAGUAAUAUGGAAGACGUGAAAGUUACAAGUCACAAUAAAUCAAUAAGUCUUCAAACGUUGUCAUAGUAACUAACACUAGUAAAAAGCAACACCAUUCUGGUCUCACUUAUCGGUUCAACAGUAAUCCCAUAAUUUUGUAAUGAUCAGGACUGAAUUAACAAUAUACACAUGAUAUAUUUUCCUUAGUCCAAAUAUAUUUUUGUAAACUGUAUUCGUGGGUUUAUAUUAUUAACAAACAUUUACUCAAACUUGCAUCUUCCAUUUCAAACUUUGAUUCAGUUGUUUCCUUGUAAACUUUACUGCAGAAAACGAAAAUGUUUUUAUAUUAUUAAUUAAUUUUAUGAUUAUGGUAAAAUAUUGCAUAUGUGAACUUCAUGAAAACUAAUAGUUUUCGGAUCACGUUUUUAGUUGAUCCUUGAUCGUAUCAGGAAUUACAAACUGUUUUUAAUAGAAGAAAGCAAAACAAAAAUAUGUAUAUACUGAUCGCACACUAGUGAGCGAAUAAUAUUGACAAGUUAGGACCAAUUAGACGUUUUACGUAUAUUCAGUUUGAAGAUUCCCUAUAUUUGUGAAAUCGGUGUUUAAUACAACAAACUUUAUUAUCUCUAUAAUCUAUUUUAAACAAUCAAAGAAAACUUUUUAAAAUUUUCAAAUAAUGGGUCGAACUAAUAUACACGUUUAAUUUAAAACGUACCUCUACGAGCUCAAUCAACCUUAAUAUCACUAACACUUUAAUGUCAUUUUAUUAACAUAUUAGUGUGUAUAGUUGUGACCAAUGGAAUAAAUAAUUCAGAAGUAACUGUAAUUAGAAAAGUUCGAUUCUUAUUUUUCCAACUCUGUUUAAGUCGAAAUAAUGGAUACUUUUUUUCUACUAAUUUUUCAUGUGGUUGAUAUAAAAAUUUACGAGGUUAAACCUCGGAGUUGACAUUCCUGACAAUUUGAGAAUGUACUCUUAAAUAUUUCAUCCUAGACGUUUUAUUAUUAGCAAGCUAUAACAACCAACUCUAAUAUAAUCAGCAAUAUUUUAUUUUAUAGAAAUGUGAAGAUGAACGAAUCCACAGUUUAGCUGAAGUCGAACGUAAACGUAUGCAAAAUCUGGAAGCAGAAACUGAACUAAAACAGAUACAUUUAUGUUUAAAGAGAGAACCUAAAUAUCAGACUAAGAAACUGACCAGGAAAACUGUCAAACCAUCCAUAGAUUGGAUGGAAACCCAGAAACCUGGGAUGCAUCCCCCACCCGAUUCAAACAAAUGCAAAAAAAUAAAAGAUGAUGAUCUAUUAGCUAAGGCAGAAACCGAUAUUUACAACCAAACAGAUAAUGAUCCAAAAAACAGAUAUACUGAUGUAAACCAUUCAAAUCGGCUAAAAGAAUUAGAUCCAGAUGCAUGCUUACAUUUACCUCUUGGUUUGGUAAGAAAUCCUACUCCAAGAACAAAGAAGUUUUUAUCAUCCGAGACCAAUGAAUCACUUUAUGCUACGGCGAAUCAAAUAGUUUAUUCAUCAUCUGAUGAUCAAGCACAGAAACGCUGACAAGGAAAGGG